AGAGUGCUCAAAGUUAUGUCUCCUUGUUUCCAGCUGGACCUCAUUAUGAUUAUAAUUGUGGAGAAUCUGAAUGAUAACCCUCCAGUCUUUGAUCAGAACACCUACCGUGUGAAUGUCAAUGAGAUGUCUCCUGUAGACACAAGCGUGGGCCGCUUCCCUGCCACAGACUUAGACGGCAACCAAAUCUACUACAAACUGACGCCUGAAUCUACUGGUUUUAAACUAAGUUUGCCUACCAAUCCGGAGCUCCUCGUUGAGACACCUCUCGACUACGACAAAGUCAAAAAUGUCCAACUGAUAUUAUCUGCUCAGGACACACCAUUGGCACCGGCCAGUAGCAGGGUGUCAUUCACUGCCAGCACCACCAUCAUGGUCACCAUCUUAGACGUGGACAACAGGCCGCCGUGGUUCCAGCCCUGCAGCAAGCACGAGGUCGGGGGGGCUGUGAUCUGCCAGAGUGCCGGCUACACGACGAAGGUCGUCUUAAACGAACAAGAGACCGGAGUAUUACCUCUGGAACCAGGACCGCUGUACGCCAUCGACGGAGACUCAGGGAUAAAUGAGGCAAUGACAUACUCAUUCUUGAAUGGAGAUGCUGACGGUCUGUUUGCGAUCAACCCAAACACGGGGAACAUCACCAUGCUGAAGCCGACCGAUGUUUUGGAGACGAUCAGUCUGACAGUGCUGGCUGCUCAGAGGACGAACAGUUAUCAGUUUGCCACCACCAGCGUCACAGUCAGUGUGCAGGUGAAGAGUCUCCACCCUCCAAAGUUUCAGAGUCCUCAGUACGAAGGUAUCAUCACCGCAGUGGGCGUCAUGGCGAUGGACCCGAAGAACAAGGACCAGCCGCUGCGGAUCCUCGCCACGGAUGAUGACUACAACGCCACUGGGGGUCUAAAUCCCCACAUCACUUACUACGUUGAUGGGAACAGUGAUUUCUCCAUCAUUGGCGGCUAUUUGUUCAUGACAAAGGAUCUCCCAGAGGCCACAUUAUCUCUGCAAGUGGUGGCAAUGGACACGUCUAACGAAGAAUCGGCUACAGCUCGGCUCUCAGUGGAGGUGACAUCAGGUCUCACCACCACCAGUUUGCCUCAGAGCACUACAGACAUUACGGUAACGACGUCCACAUGGGAAUCCACCACCGACCUCGGUACGACCAGUGAAAGCAUCGCCUCCACCACUGAUCCUAGUUUGACCAGUGAAAGCAUCGCCUCCACCACUGAUCCUAGUUUGACCAGUGAAAGCAUCGCCUCCACCACUGAUCCUAGUUUGACCAGUGAAGGAAGCGUCUCCACAGCCAGCACAGCUCACCCAGGUGGCUACGGACUGGUGGACAUGGCAGCGCUCGGUGCAACCCUGGGUGUCCUGCUGUUUAUCUGUCUCGUGGUCAUCGUGGUGCUCGCUGUUCGCAUUCGUAAAGGGAAAGCCAACUGGAAGAAGAUCUACGAAGCCAGCAUGUUCCAAAGCUCUUUGGGUCAAGGUUCGGGCGGUCAGAAGGAGGGCAUCCAGUACACCAAUGAGGCCUUCCAGAACGAUGAAGAUGGAGGCAGCACUGGCUCCGGCAGUCCAGCGGGGGAAAGCGUAAUGGCAGGGGACCUUGCGCUCGAUGAAGCCAUCGUGAAGUCUUCGGUGCCUCUGCACGCCCUCCUGCACGACGACACCAGCCACGAUGGAUCGGACAACGCCGACAGCGAGAAGGAGGUGAAACCCAUCCUGACCAAGGAGAGACGCAUGGACGACGGGUACAAGUCGGUCUGGUUUAAGGAGGACAUCGAACCCGACGCCAAGGAGGAAGUGGUCAUUAUCCCAGACAGCAGAGAGGACGACAGCGAGGACGACGACGACGAGCAGUCGUCCAGCGAGAACGGAGACGACACCCGGCAGAUAAAAACCCCGAGGGUCGUCUUUAAUGAAGCCGAUCUGGACAGUGGACUCGGGGUGAAGAUGGAUGAUCCAGCAGAGGACUCAGAGGAUGACGACGCGUUGACCGCUGAUCUGUGAAAGAGCGCCAAAGGGAAAGACGAGUACAUAGCGGGAACCACCCUCAAUCAAAUCUAAUGAUUCAUUAUCAGCAGUCUUGUAACCAUAGAUACAAAACAUAUUUAUAUCUAUGGUUGUAACACUCUGCCUUAUCAGUCCAUAACAGCGGACCAGUGACCCGGAAGCAGAUCUGAACGCACCUUAUG